UUUAAGCAAGCUUCGAGUUCGGCGCUUCUGGAGAAAAAAGAUGUUGGUCGGGAACUCGGAGCUUACGACAUGGGAAUUUGGAGGGGCGAACCGGCGUGGGGUUGGGUUCUACAUAAGGUUAGGUAUCUCCUAGGUAGAUUCUGAGUUGAGUAAGGUUCUAGCUUAUCGAUUUCUCGAGUCCUCCACGAACGUCUAGAAUAAAGUUAUUACAUAGUAUGUGGGUACUUAGGUGCCUCUAGCAGCUAUCGAUAAGUUGAUAAAGUCAAAACUUUUUUUUUUAUUAGGCCAACCCUUGGGGUCUUUCUUUCAAGCUGGGGUGUAUCUAGAGGAAUCCUCAUGGGAAAGAUGAAUAAUGCUUAUUACCGGGAUUGUACUUUUCAGUUACAUAAUGUUAGUUUGAUUCAUUAGCACACAUUUCCAUGUUCAAACGCCCAUUCUCCCAAGUUACAUUCAUACGUUCAUAUAUUCCUCCGUUCGUACUAAGCUGUAGUAAAGCUCCCCCACGCUACCCUCACAGCCUCAUCACAAUCUAUCUGCCUUUACUUUCUAGGGCACACAGUGUGAAGGUUUAUAAUCGUUAUUCAUAACCAGACCAUCUCCCUCAUCAUUAUUCCUAUCCCUGUAUUUUGUAUGAAUUUCUCAUGAGCCUGCAAGUGAAAGGAGCAACAUGUCUGAAGAGCUUCAGGAUGAGAUUGAGGCCAUCAACUCAAUUUAUGGCCAAGGUUGCUUGGUACCGUCGUCGAGCGAAGCCAAUGUGUAUGUCCUAUCACCACCCGGCGAGUCAUCCUCUCUCCGCAUCGAGUUUCCCCCUACCUAUCCCGCAGUGCCUCCCGUUGUUCUAGGUACUAAUAGUACUGGCGAGCAUGGAAAGCGUGGCGAUGCAGCCCGGGAAUUGUCUUUAUUCUGCCAGGCCGUGAGCACAGUUUACCAACCGGGAGCUGUCUGCCUCUUCGAUGCAAUCGAGGAAUUGAAUCGGCUUCUUGAGUCUGAGAUUCCUACAGAGUCCCAACCUGAGGAUGCUCCCCAUGAAGAUGACGCAAAUCCUCAACUCUCCGCUAAACUUGCAGCAGAUUCUAAGCAGAUCAGCAUGCAAGAACCCCCGUGGAUUAUGUCAGAUCCAUUUGUUGAGUUGAAGUCGACUUUCAUUGCCCGAUGCGCCAAGGUUUCGUCAACUGAAGAAGCCGAGGCCUUUCUUCAGCACCUUUUAUCUACUGACAAGAAAGUUCGAACUGCCACGCACAAUAUCACAGCAUGGCGCAUAAAGGGCCCAAAUAACACCACAUUUCAGGAUUGCAACGACGACGGCGAGACUGCAGCUGGCGGCCGGGUCUUACAUCUCAUGCAGUUGAUGGACCUCUGGGACGUGAUGGUGGUUGUUACUCGAUGGUAUGGGGGACAUAAACUUGGUCCUCGCCGCUUUGCCCUGAUUAACCAAACCGCCAGAGAUGCGUUUGUCAAAGCUGGGUUGGUCCCUGAAACUCAAAGCAAGAAAAAGGGACCAGGGAAGAGUUAAGAGUCAAGAGUUGAGGACACACGUGACGGUGCCAAUUAAACAUCCUGUCACACUGUGGCCUGCAUAGAGAUGCAUUAGGUAGAGACCUCGGUUCUCCACGUUUUGUUAGAUGUUUGUUAUACCUACAACCGAGGAUCUCUUCUACCCAUCAACAGCAAACAGGAAGCUUACACAACAUCUGGCCGCUAAAUAUCAUCGUCAUUAUCAUCAUUCCUCAACGACGUAAAUACUUCUGGAAUUAUCAACGAUUGAACACUAAACAACUUUCGCAGCCAGAAACAAUGGUUGGCCCCCCACCACUUCAGGGGCUCAAAGUCCUUGAAUUUGCUGGUUUAGCACCGGGUCGGUCAUGCUCCUAUA